GUACCUGUAGCCGCCAGGCAAUUACUUACCCAACCAGCCCAAUGACUAUUUAUUAUACCUAGUACCUAGUUACCUUCUACUCAACCACUCCAGCACAUCAACAGAACUCCAUCCCAUCCAACAGCUUCGUUCAAAACCCCACAGCCAUGCCACCCCCACACCAACCAAUCCACUUCAUCCCCAAAUCCCAAGAAAAACACAUCCUCUCCCUCCCAAUUCACCAAAUCCUCGCCGCCCCGGACCACCAAGAAGCCGGCACAAACCACUGGUGCUUCUACCUAGCGACCUCCCCAACAACAUCCAUCCAACUCGACUGCCUCCCCAGCUACUCCAUCCCAAGCACCGUCCUUCCAGGCGGCUCCAAAGCCAACAUCGUCAUCUCCAGCCUCGAUCGCCUCGUCUCCGCUGACGUCGAAGAAACCUUUGUUCUUGAUGUCGCGCCGGACAGACGACCCUUGCAUGUGCGGGAUGUGUUAGAUUUGCUGGUUGAGAAUGGGCACCAUAGAUAUGAGUUUGAUGAGAGGGGCGUGGGGUGUCGGUUUUGGGUUACCGAGAUGGUGGAGCUGUUUUUGAGGUGUGGGGUUGUUGGGGAUGGGGGGCAGGUGGAGGCGCUUAAGGGGGCUGUUCGGACGUUGUGGCCGGAGAAGGUCCCGUUGGAGCUGGAUCGGGGGGCUUAUUGGUUGGUAUAGUUAGCAUUUACAAAUUGAGCUUGAAAGCGUUUUGUUGGCCUCAUUUUCUCCAUUAAUGGGGAUAAUGGC